CUUCCUGUCAUCAGCUAGCUAACUAGCUGCUCCUUUAACAAACCAGUCGGUUGCUAGGCACCAGAAUAACAGCCGGGCAGACAUGGCGGAGAACAGGCAAAGUGCAGAGACCAUAGUGUCAGAUGUUCACAAGAAGAUCAAAGCAGCUUUUGAAGCGUUUGACUACGAGUCUAACAACACAGUGGAUGUCCGGGAGAUUGGCACCAUCAUCUAUUCCCUGGGUUGCUUCCCCACCCAGGCAGACCUACAUGACUUUAUUGCUGAGGUGGAAGAGGACCACACAGGAUAUGUCCAUUUGGACAGGUUCCUCCCAGCCAUGACCAAAGUGCUGCUGGAGCAUAAGUUCCCUCCCAUCCCUGAGGACCUUCUGCUUCAGGCCUUUGAGGUUCUGGACAAAGAAAAGAAAGGAUACCUGGGGCCUGAGGAGCUGACAAAGUAUAUGACACAGGAAGGUGAGCUCUUCACUCAGGAGGAGAUGGAUGAGAUGCUGACAGCACUCGCUGAUCAGGAGAAGAACCUUAUCUAUUACAAAGACUUAAUCAGCCAGCUGACCAUUGACCCGAACAUGUAGAAAGUAUCACAGCGUGCGUGUGUCAGCAUAACUGUUUAGAAAUAUUACUAUAGUGUUCGGUGUUCAUGUCUGCAUGGUUUUAGAGUGGGCUUGUAGUUCUAUACUGUAUAAUAAAUAAAUGUACAUAGUUCAAUCCUGA